AUGUCUACAGCAUCAUUUACUAGCAUCGAUACGUAUUUUAGCAUUUAUUUCGGUUUGCCUAUUUUUGCUUUUGGUUUUAUUGGAAAUAUAAUUAAUAUUUGUAUUUUAUUCUCCACACGAUCAAAUUCAUCUUCAUUUUUAUUACUUAUUUCAUCAAUUUUCAAUCUCAUUGCAUUAUCCUUUGGUCUUUUUCCAAGAAUGAUAUCUAUAGGUUUUGGUAUAGAUGCAUCGUCAACCAAUAUUUUCUGGUGUAAAAGUCGUUUAUUUUUUUCUUAUAUUGGUUCUCUUAUGGCUCUAACAACAAUUUGUUUUGCUUCUAUUGACAGAUUUUUAUUAACUUGUCGAAAUGUACAAUGGCGAAAACGAAGUCAAUUGAGUACAGCAAAACUUGCCAUUUCUAUUGCUAUUCUAGUAGUUAUUGGUCAUAAUAUAUCAUAUUUAAUUUUCUAUACAAUUGUUGAAGUCAAAACAACAACAGGUAACAUAUCAACGAAAUGUUCUGUAAUGAAUUCUGGCUUUGUAUUAUAUGGAAGUUAUUUUUUACGUCCUGUUUUUCUUGGUGUAUUACCAGGUACAAUAUUGAUUAUUAGUGGUUUUCUAACAUAUCGUAAUAUAACAUCAAUAACUGCUGUUCAAGUACGCGGUACAUUCCAAAGAGGUUUAACAAAAAUGAUAUUGUUACAAAUUAUUACAGUUAUUAUUCCAAUAGUACCUUUUGCAACAUUCAAUAUCUAUCAAAGUAUAACAUCAUCAGUUGUAAAAGCAUCCUAUCGUUUAGCACUAGAAACAUUAGUUUCAGAUAUGACUAAUAUAUUCUUAUAUGUGAGUUAUGCAUGUAAUUUCUAUGCGUAUAUUAUUUCAUCAUCAUGUUAUCGACAAGAUUUCCUACGAUUUAUUCGCUGUUCAGAUGAAGCUCAUUCAAAUAAUCGUAUUGGAGUUUUGACAAGACAGAAAAUUGAAAUGAAUACUGGUUCAACCUUGAGGCAACUACCACGUUCAAUUAAUCAGAUGCAGAACUAA